AGCGUUUUCGUAACUUCGAUGUAAACACGUGGUCCUAACUUGUGCAAUAUUUUGUGUGUCAGAUUUUCUUACUUUGACAGAAAAAGCAGCGAGAGGAAUACUUAUACAUCUGCUUUAUACAAGGUAUAACUUCGAUAAAUCUGAGCCAAUUACAAUGGCUAAAAGUCUUCGCUGCAAGUUCCGAAAGAGGAUGAGGAAUGUGAAAAGAGAGAAAUAUGGAAAGAAAGAGCUUGAAAGGUUGAAGACAAUGAUUGAGACAAGUGGUGGACAGGAUCAAGAAGUAAAGGAAAUCUACAAAGUAAAAACAGCAGAAGAACUGAAGGAAGAAAUGGAAAAGAAAGCAGAGGACACUAUGGAACACAGUGGGAAAUCUUUCCACCCUGUGACAUUAAAAGACGAAGAUGGACAUUACCCAGGUUGGAUGAACCAAAGGGCAAUAAAACGACACAAGACAUACCUGAAGAAAUCGGGAAGAGUCAAAACCAAACCAAAGGCCAAAGGCAAGACAGGAAAGAAAAAAUGAUUUGAUGUAGGAACAUUUAUUUGUUAUCAUAACUACUAACAAGGACAGAUAUUAAAGAAACAGUUUCUUCUGUUGCUUUUGAUGAAAAUGUUUUCUAGUUUUAAAUGGAAGGAUUCUGCAAAACUAUAAAGAUAUACAUGAAAAUGAUGAAAUCUCAGUUAUAUCCAUAAAGAUUAAUUAUUGGUAUGGGUACCUUCAAGUUAUAUAAGACUUUUAUUGUCGGUUUAAUACAUUGUAAUAAAAGUCUGUAUUAAUAAAAUGGAAGAAGAGAGUUUCUUUGAGCAUAGUAAUAGUGGUUAAUCCUUUAUAGAUGUAGAAUAAGACCUGGAUAUAAAUUGAUUCAAAAUUGACCAAUAUUUUACUGUGGGUUGGCAUUGUUUGUGUAUGCAUGCAUCAUGCCUACAUGCCUGGAGAAGUAAAGUGUAGUAUGACAGAGAUUGUGAUUGUGGGAGUGUAUGAUAUGAGAUAGAUGUACAUGUAUAUGUUGCACUGUAUUUAAAAAAAAACACAGAAUAAAAGUUAAUUCUGGU